AUGCUGGAACAUCUGAAGGACAGACUCUCCGGCUUGAUUGAGGAAUGUAAGAGCAUGAGAAAGCUCAAACAAAUUCAUUCCCAGAUCAUAACAUCACCCCACCUACCCAAAGCCCACUACCAUUUCCUCAUUACUCGUCUCCUCUUCGUUUGUGCAAUUUCAGAUUGGGGCUCCCUCAGCUAUGCUACUGAUGUUUUUCGACUCAUACAAAACCCGAGUCUUUCUGUGUACAAUAUUAUGAUCAGAGCCUAUGCCUGUAAAGACAAUGGCGUGGAUGAAAUUGGUUUGUGGCAGCCAAUAAUUCUGUAUAAGCAAAUGCUCUGUUCUGGCAUUGCCCCCAAUUACCUGACUUUUCCAUUCCUUGUGAAGGAAUGCACGAAGAGGGAUGGUGGUGGCUUGGGUCUUAGUGUUCAUGGCCAAAUAAUCAAGUUUGGAUUCCAUGGUGAUCUUUUUGUUCAGAAUUCUCUGAUUAGUUUUUACUCAGCGUGUGGGUUUUUGAGUACUGCACGGAUCUUGUUUGAUGAAAUGUCAAACAGGGAUGUUGUUUCUUGGAACGCAUUGAUUACUGGGUAUUUAAGAAGUGGGGAAAUUGACUCAGCACUGGGUCUGUUCAGGAAGAUGGAGGAGAGAAAUGUUAUUACUUGGAAUUCAACUAUAACUGGGUUGGUUCAGGGUGGGCAGCCAAAGGAGGCUGUAGAAUAUUUCUUUGAGAUGCAGGUAAUGAGCAAUGAUACUGUUCGACCAGACAAGAUUACUAUUGCUAGUGUGCUUUCAGCUUGUGCUUCUCUGGGUGCCAUUGAUCAUGGGAAAUGGGUGCAUAGUUACUUGAAGAGAAGUGGCCUAGAGUGUGAUAUGGUAAUCGGAACAGCAUUGGUAGACAUGUAUGGUAAAUGUGGAUGUGUGGAAAGUGCAAUUGAAGUCUUCAGAAAGAUGCCUAAGAAGGAUAUUUUGGCAUGGACUGCCAUGAUUUCAGCUUUUGCUCUUCAUGGGCUUGGUAAAGAGGCUUUUGAUCUUUUAGAAGAGAUGGAAACACUAGGGGUGAGGCCCAACCAUGUGACUUUUGUUGGGCUGUUGUUGGCUUGUGCUCAUUCUGGCUUAGUAGAGAAAGGUCGUCUGUGUUUUGACUUGAUGAGGUGUGUUUACUUGAUUGAGCCACAGGUCCAUCACUAUGCCUGCAUGGUUGAUCUACUUAGCCGAGCUGGACUCUUUGAAGAGGCAGAGGGGCUUAUCAGAUGCAUGCCAAUGCAACCAGAUGUGUUUGUUUGGGGUGCAUUACUUGGAGGCUGUCAAAUGCAUGGGAAUGUGGAAUUAGGAAAAAAAGUGGCCCAAUAUUUAAUUGAUUUGGAUCCUUCAAACCAUGCUUUCUAUGUGAUAUUGUGUGAUCUAUAUGCAAAGGCUAGCAAAUUUGAUGACUUGAAGAGAGAUCACCUGAAGUUGUAA